CUUUCAUCGACCUUCGCUUCGUCGUGGUGUUUAGCAAAUGCCUUUCUUGAUCAACGACGACCACUCCAGCUAGCAUCAAUCAUUCCAAGACCCCCGCUUUAGAAGCAGCUUCGUCAAGAUGAUCUCCUCAAAGGACACUACGACGGGCAAGAAGGGAGUCAUCAUCGAUGAUGUUUCCCUCUACUUGCUCGUCGGCGUCGUAGCCUUGCUCAUCAUAGGGACCAUCAUCGAUAGGUGGUACCAGCCUACCGUCCACCCACUCAUCCUUGCCAGACAGGCAGACACCUCAGCCACGAGACAGAAGGGAGAGUCUCCUGUAUACCGGAAUGCCAACUCGCCUCACGGCUUCGACCUGCCCGUUCGCCCAAAGAAGGGAGCAGAGGAUGUCAAGGGACUACUCGCCCUCGGCGCCAAGGGCGACGAAGCCAACAAGCCACGACAGCUGUACGACGAGUUUAAGUUGAGCAACUCCACCUUUUUGGAGCAAGCCUGCAAGUUUGCCGCUGGACUUCUUGACAUGGCUGGUUCCAAUGCUGGCAACAUCGCCCUGGCUGUAUGCGUCGAGACGGAUUCGAUUCACUCACUUCAGGCCACUGUGGCUGGUGCGCUAUCUAGUGAUACUUCAAGCGGGAAGGCACCCUUCAGCACCCUCGUCGCGCCUCCCUCGCACCUGCGCACGGAGCAGCCCCCCUCUCUCCCCUCCGGAGUCGAUCGCCUCGCUGCCGUCUUCACUACCUCGGACCAAUUGGAGGCAGUGGCCCAGCUGACUGGCAUCGACUCGCAAACUAUUUUCAUCCUUGCGACCCAAAGCGACGUAUCUGAGGCGCAGCGCUCCUCGUCUUCGCUCAAGUCGCGUCUUGUCUCCUUCGCCCAGCUCGUGGACAGAGGUCGCACCCCUGCGCCUGCCUCUUCUCAAAGCCCUACAGCAGAGUCGGCCAAAGCCAUUCUUGCGCAUUACUGGCUUUCCUCUUCUUGGGUGCCCGUGACCAACUACUCUCUCACCUCCGGCGUGACCGCCUACCUCUCCCUCUACCCAACAAGCGACGAGAUCCCCACCCCUUCGGACCUCAUACUCGUGGAGCAACAUGGAACCCACUCCAACAGUACGUCACACCUCUCCGCUUCUCAGACGCCUUCGGGGCUCUGCCUCGCCCUUGUGGCCCUCUACACCGGCGCAGGGCUCGCAGUCGGAGCCUUAACCACUUCGCUGAGCGACGCAAAUCCUUCUACUUCCCCAUUGCUGCACAAGAUGAGGCCAACGAUCAUUUACGCCUCUCCACGUGGAGCUUCCAGCCUCCAACUCGCCCUCCUUGCCGUAACGCGACGCUCGCCGCUCAGUUGGCUUUGUCUGACCGCCAAGACUCGCAUCCUACGCAGCGGAGCAGCCAUGGUCAAGGACAGUGUCUGGGAUAGGCUCCUCUUCAAGCGUGUCCGCCAUGAGCUCAGCCUCGAGGCGGUGCGCAACAUCACCAUCGCAGGUGACGGCUGGACCGUCCCGCAGACGAUGAUGGACACGCUGCGUGCCCAGAUGGCCUGCGCAGUGGGGAAUGCAUGGCUUCCACGCUCACCCCUCCUCGCUGCAGGCGAGGGUGAGGAUGCGGAGCAGAGGGAAAGACUCGCCAAGGGCGGGGCCAACGCUACUCCCCGCCCACCAUCUCGGGGAAGCGACGCCGUAUGGACUACGGCCCCUCUCAGCCAAUCGCACAUCUACGACCUCCAGCAUUUCCGCAGCAACAAUGCGGGCGGUAAAUCUGAAGUUCCACAGCACGUCGGCCCUCCAUCUGUCUCUUGCGAGCUCAAGAUCGUAGUUGGCAGCGAGGACGACUCGAGUGAUGCUGGAGGGCAGCACAUGCGCCUCGACUCUGGCGCAGCCAAGGAGAAUCGCUCUGAUGCGCUUCAGAGCAAACCUCAAGCGCCCAGAGAUGAGGUACGAGCGCGCAAGGGAGGAUGGCAGCGUUUUCUGAGCGACGACGAUAUGGCUGGCGUGGUCCAGAUCCGGGGUCCGUGCUUGACCGGCUCCUCUCUGCUCUCCAGCGGCGAAGAAGGUCGAUGGUACCAUACCUCCACCUGCCAGGCGGGAAGCUUCAGGUCCAACGGCACGCUUUUGCUCCUCCCGCCCGAUAUCAGGAGCGAGAAGCGUAAGAUGGUCCCACUUGUUGGGCAGCUCAGCGCUAGUAGGCCGAGGAAGGGGAGGGGCGGUGGAUUGAACAGUGAUAGUGAGAGUGAUGGCGAUGAUAAUGAGGGGGAUGAAGAUGAGGAGGCGAAGAAGAUGAAGUAGGCUUCGAGCACGAGGAAAGACAGGGAAAGAAGAGCAGCAUGUGUGGUGACUCGUCGACAUAGCAUUCAAUUCAUCGGAUAGCCUCUCUUUCCUGCUUUAGCGCUCGACUCGGUCCUCACGCUGGCCACUCAAGCAAAGAAUGUCAAAAUUGGUAAAGAGUGACUGAGUCGACUAGACGUGGGCGUAGGCGCGGGCUAGAGAGCGGGACCAUGGCCAAAAAAAAAGGGGGGGCUUUACAAAGAGAGAUGGAGCGGCAAGAUUGUUGUAUGCAGGUCUGCGCGUCGCAUGUGAUGAAGUAGAAGGAAAAGAGUCAAGAGGAG